UCCAAUUCAAUAUUUUUAAUGGUGACCAAUCCCAAGAAUCCAAGCAAACAGUGUCAAAAUGUCGUCAAAGGUGUAGUCGUAGCAAAUAUUUUUGCGUUUAAUUUAUCGUUGUUCAUGCACUCGUGUUAAAGUAUAAAAAUAACUUUUUAAAGUUAAACGUAUUUAAAACUGCGUAUUUACUUUUACCAGAAAUGGGCGAUGAAUUGGACCCCUGUGAGUGCCUUUGGAACCAUGAGUUGGCAAUGCGACGCCUCAUCUCUCUGCUCCGUCAGGGCCAAUCAUACUGCACAGAUGGGGAGUGCCUGGAGCAACUGCCAGGACUGCCGCAGCCAGAGUCUGCGAGCAACAGCUUCCUCGUCAUGUUCCUGAUGAUGGCCCUCGCGCUCGCGAUGUACAUGAUACGUCCGAGACGCAACCAGAUACAGGACGCUGCGAAGCCUUCGUCCAGCUCUCAUGACCGCGAUGGAGCGCCUCCAACACCGCCCCGAAUUUAAUCUCUAUUGACAACACAGGUUCGUCAAGCCAACAAAAUUCGAAUAUGUAUUAUGAUAUAAAUAUAUAAUAGCGACCGCUUAGAGUUCGACUUAUAAACAAUAAUUAUAUUGUAUUAAGUAUAAGUUAAUAUAAGUGUUACAAAAACUUCGACUAGUACUAAUUACUGAGGAUAACAUCUUGCCUUUAUUGAAUUUUAAAAUAUUUUAACUAUCAUUCCAUAUUGUUUUAUAUCUAUCAUGCUUUGAAGUCACAAAAUUAACUUGUAAUUGGUGCUAUAAUUUAUUGAGAAUUUGGUCGGAAAUGACAAAUUUUUAACAGAUUGGCUGUUAAUAAAUGUUCGACCAAUUUACAAUCACAAUGAUGAAAACAUCACAAAGACAUUGUUUAUAUUUAGAUCUGAUCACUUUGGU